ACCUCUCACAGCCACAUGAUAGGCAGAGCUCCUUAACACCAGGGCUGCAGCUGAAGCGGGUACCAUCUUGCCAUCAAAUAAUCUCACCAAACAAUGGUGAAACCUUUCUCUCUCUCCCCCUAGCAUGCACAGAUUCUAAGAAGACAAUUCAGUUUAGGCUAUGAGAACUAAGAUUUCGCUUCCUCAUCUAGUCCUCACUUGUCAUUGGAGGAGGAAAAAUCUUGACUGCAAUCAUGAUUAGGAAUCCAGAUUUUGACACAUUUGUUUGUUGUGCUGUUUGUUCAAAACUAAUUCCACCACCUCCUAGACCAGAGACUUUUGAGCGGAUUCGAGAAUACAAGCCUUACAAAACUCGGUAUUAUACACACAGAGAUAUAUUGGAAUUGGGAGCUGACAUUAAGCAAGCAGAAGCAGAUAGAAGAGAAGCAGAAGUACAACAACGAAUUGAAAAAGUGCAAACUAGACUAUUGCUUCAGGCUGCAACAGAAAGAGAGGAUGCUGUGGAAGAUGCCCUCAAUCGUGCAGCUGCUCUACACCAGCAAGAUAUUGAAGCUCUUAAAGAGAAAGAUGAAAAAGCAUUACAAGAGGCUGUGAAGAACACAAGGAUAGAAAUGCUCCAUCACCUGGAACUGGAACUGAAAAGAGAAUCGGAAGCUGCUGAGCAGAGGAUGACACACAAACUUCAGCGACUCAUGCUGGAGCUCGCGAUGGAGAAGUCGAAAGCCAUUGCUGAAGCUAGACAGGAAGAGAGGAACAAAAUAUCUGGAAUGCUUGACAAGCAAAACAAGAAGUUUUUGGAACAAUUUCGGAAAGCUGGAGAGAUUGCCAACGAAAUUUAUCAGAAGAACCUGCAGCAGUUGUCCGUGGAGAAAAAAUAUGAAAUGGAAAUGGCCUUUAAAAUCUCCCAGAAAGAGUUUCAGGAAGAAACUGAUAAACUCAUCAAAGACGCAGAAAAUCUCCGUGAGGCUCAGUUGGAAGAGGUGUCACAUGAGGUGAGCAGGAAAAAUGGUGAGAUCCUGACUCUUAGCCAGCAACUGGAAAGCAUGACAGACUGGAAAGAUAGCCUGGAAGCAGAAAUAUUAGAAACAAGAGAAGCGUUUCAGAAAUACAUUAACCUCACAUUUCCACAACUUGCACCAGGGCAAGCAGACUUUAUCUUACCAUUCAGAAAAGUAUCUCAGUUUGUUGACUCUGGUGUAGAAACGUAAGCUGAAUGACAACCAGGAAGGAGUUCUGCUGUUUGCUGCAGCCAUCCAGUCUUGCUGUAGAAGAGUUGCUUAACUGCUGGGGAAGGAGGAGAAAUAAAUCCAUCUUCUCUCACUAAGGUU